CUCAGCCAUGCGGGGGACGUCUGAACUCCAAGGAAGCCGGGUACAUCACCUCCCCAGGGUACCCCAAUGACUACCCCUCCCACCAGAACUGCGAGUGGGUCAUCUAUGCCCCUGAACCCAACCAGAAGAUUAUCCUCAACUUCAACCCUCACUUUGAAAUUGAAAAGCACGACUGCAAGUACGACUACAUUGAGAUCCGAGAUGGGGACAGUGAAGCAGCAGACCUGCUGGGCAAGCACUGUGGGAAUAUAGCACCUCCUACCAUCGUCUCUUCUGGCCCAUCUCUCUAUAUCAAGUUCACCUCGGACUACGCACGGCAAGGUGCCGGGUUCUCCCUGCGCUAUGAGAUCUACAAGACAGGCUCUGAGGACUGCUCCAGAAACUUCACCGCCUCCAAUGGCACUAUUGAGUCUCCAGGUUUCCCUGACAAGUAUCCACACAACCUGGACUGCGUCUUCACCAUCAUAGCCAAGCCAAAGACAGAAAUCCUCCUUCACUUUCUGCUCUUCGACCUCGAGCACGACCCGCUGCAGGCGGGGGAAGGAGACUGCAAGUAUGACUGGCUGGACAUCUGGGACGGCAUCCCUCAGGUCGGCCCCUUGAUAGGCAGGUACUGUGGCACUAAGAUGCCAUCGGACAUCCGCUCAACCACUGGCGUCCUCUCGCUCACCUUCCACACGGACCUGGCAGUGGCUAAAGAUGGUUUCUCUGCUCAGUACUACUUGAUCCAGCAGGAAGUCCCGGAAAACUUCCAGUGCAAUGUGCCGCUGGGGAUGGAGUCUGGCAGGAUCUCCAACAUGCAGAUCAGUGCCUCCUCCACCUACUCAGAUGGGCGAUGGACCCCUCAACAGAGCCGGCUUAACAGUGAUGACAAUGGCUGGACCCCCAAUGUAGACAGCAACAAGGAGUACCUCCAGGUGGACCUCCACUUCCUGACUUUGCUCACAGCCAUUGCCACACAGGGAGCCAUCUCCAGAGAAACCCAGAAUGGCUACUAUGUCCGUACUUACAAGCUGGAGGUCAGCACCAAUGGGGAGGACUGGAUGAUGUACCGACAUGGGAAAAACCACAAGGUAAAGGCCUUUUUGUCUCUUUUGCAUGCACCUUGGUGAGUCUUGCAGCCAACAGGAGGGAAGAGAACAGAGAGAUUUUACAGGCCUGGAGGGCUUAAUCUGUGAGGGACCCUUUUUCUGAUGAGGUCUAAAAGACUGAUGAUGGUCUGAGCAGAAAUAGUCCUUUCUCCUCUGCACAGCAAUGAGGAAACAUUAUUCCUUGGAA